AUGGACAAUUCUCAAAAGCAGCACACUUUAUUUAAGCAAGCCAGGGUCAAAGAAGCAAUGAUUUACGGUCUCCACCGAGCCUCAAAAAAGAGCUAUAUCCCAAUCCCUCUGCUUGAAAGAUGAAUGAGUGACAUGGACCCUGAUUUUACCCCAGAGCAAGAAAUAGAGCCUGAUGUAAGUGUAAGCGACCUUCUCGAAGAGUGGGAAAAAAUGCAUGGAAAGCCUGGGAAAACCAGUCAAGAAAAAUAUUUUAAUAUAGAUGAUUAA